UAUCGAUAAGGUUAAUAUAAUGCGGGCAGGCGGGCUAGUACAGGCAGUACAGGUACCGAAUCCGCUAUCUUUGACGCUAAAGCGGUGGAUCCGCAUCUGUACCUACCGUGUAGCUUUAUCGGUUGCAGGAGAGCUCCAGCUGUUACCGGUGACGCAACUUAAAGCUUGGCAGGUACCCGGACGGUCAACAGUCUCUUACCUAUCAGCUCCCACUGUCCCGUCCAUGUACAAUACAUAGGCUGCGUUCUUAGGCUGACAACUCACAUGUACUACCACUCAACACUGGACCUCUGCAUUGGACACAGGCACCUACAUAAGUUAAGGUUGCCUUUUACAUGUCUGUUACAUAUCCCUGAGUCUUGACGGGCUAUGGGCAUAAGUUGUAUCACUAAAUAAAUCAAACAUGAUCCCAAGGAUUAUCCUCGUCGCGUCCCUGGCGACAGUCGCUAGAUCCUCUCAGCCUGGAGCUCCCGCGCCGGUCGCUGCUCCGAUGAGAGAUCUCGAAUGGGGACAAAUCAAUUUCAUCCAUACCACAGAUAUACACGGCUGGCUUGGUGGUCAUCUGCAAGAACCGCAAUACUCAGCCGACUGGGGUGACUACAUCUCAUUUACGAGUCAUAUGAAAAAGAAGGCCGAUGAGAAGGGCGUAGAUUUACUAGUCAUCGAUACGGGCGAUAGGAUCGAAGGAAACGGCUUAUACGAUGCCUCCAAUCCGAAAGGCAAAUACUCCUAUGACAUCUUCGGCGAGCAAACUGUCGAUGCUCUCUGCACUGGGAACCACGAGCUAUACCAAGAAUAUUCGGUCGCGCGAGAGCACAACACAACGGUUCCAAAAUUCAAGCACUCCUACAUCGCCUCCAACCUCGACUACAUUGAGCCCGAGACCGGCAACCAGAUCCCCCAGGCCCAACGUUACAUCAAGUUCACUACCAAGAACCUCGGUUACAAUGUCGUCGCGUUGGGGUUCCUGUUCAACUUUGAUCGGAAUGCGAACAAUAGCGUCGUGCAGCCCGUCGAAGAGACUAUGAAGGAGGAGUGGUUCCAAAACGCUAUAAGAGAAAAGCCCGAUCUAUUCCUCGUCAUCGGCCACGUCGGUCUUCGUAUGAAGGAGUUCGAACAGAUCUUCAAGGUCAUUAGAGACCAGAACUGGUACACUCCCAUCGCAUUCCUCGGUGGCCACGCCCACGUACGAGAUGCGAGGAAGUUUGAUGAUAAGGCAUACGCAAUCGCUAGCGGUCGAUAUUUCGAAACCAUCGGAUUCUUGUCUAUUGACGGUAUCAAGAAGAAGAGCGGAAGCGGAUUUUCGGCUGAAGCAGCAACCGUCAACUUCAAGAGGCGCUACAUCGACAACAACCUGUUCGGUCUUUACUACCAUACCGGCCUAAACGAAACCACCUUCCCUACCGAACACGGCCGCAACGUUUCUAGACUCAUCGCCGAAGGUCGCAAAAGCCUCAACCUUGACGACACGUUCGGUUGUGCGCCGCAAGACCUCUGGAUGAGCCGCUCCCCUUACCCUAGCGACUCUAGUAUAUUUAGCUGGCUCGAGACGCAAGUCAUCCCCGACACUAUCGUCAACGAGGAGAGGAAGGACGUCCCGCGCCUAGCUAUCGUCAACACGGGAGCUAUUCGCUUCGACAUCUUCAAGGGUGCAUUUACGAAGGACUCGACAUACCUCAUCUCACCCUUCAUCAGCAGGUUCAACUACGUUCCCGACGUGCCCUACGCCAUCGCCAGCAAGGUUCUCGAGCUACUCAAUAGCGGCGGCCAGGUAUUCAGCGGCGCUCUCGACACCCGAUACCUGACAAUUCCCGAGCAAGCGGUUCCGCGCAGUCCAUUCUUCGAGAUGGCUUCCGCAGCGACCGACAACGAAAGCAAACUCCCGCUAUUCAUAGAGGAAGACGCCCCGCAGAAACCGCUAUCAGGUGCCAACCGCUUGUCUAAGCAAGAUGAGGGCAAAGGCGAGGGCGAUGACCCCGAGUUAGUAGGCGGCUACACGACGCGCGACGACCUAGGCGACGACGGAGACGACGCCAUACACUCGCCUAUCAAGUUCUACGCCGUGCCCAACUGCAUCCAAUCCAAGAUCUCGUUCCCCACCCCCAGCAACGACACAACACCUGCCCCGGACCCCGAAACCGUAGACCUAGUCUUCAUCGACUACGUCCAGCCGUGGGUUAUCACCGCGCUUAAAUUCAGCGGUGGUGAUUAUAGCAUUGACGAUGUUAAGGUGUACUCGAAUAGCACGCUGACGGACCUUAUUGCGGGCUGGGUGAAGGAGCAUUGGGAGAAGAAUUGUUAAGAGUGAUCAUUGAUGUGGGAAUGAUAUGAUAUGAUAUGAUACGGCUUUGGUUUUCGCUUUGGUUUUCAGAUUGUGUACUUAUUGCUUCUUUAACUACCUAGGUAGACAUGGCUAGGUUUCGGGUUUAUAUGUUUGGAUCGAAUAGUUCGCUACAUAGCUGCGACUUUCAACGGAAAUAAAUACAAUAAAUGAACAAUAUCAAG